AUGGAAUUGGAGUCUAAUAAUUCUUUAGCUUUCUUAGAUGUAUUAGUCAUACGUAACCCAGAUAACACCUUGAGUCAUACUGUGUAUCGAAAGAAGACCCAUACUGAUAGGUACUUGAAUGGUGAAUCUCACCACCCCCCUUCACAGUUAGCUACCGUGGGAAAAUCUUUGUUUCAGAGGGCACGCGGGAUCUGUGACGAGCAACACCUGGCCGGAGAACUGCAACAUGUCAAGCAAGUUCUGCGAGACAACAAGCUGCAAGUGCCGCGCCUACGUCACAGGGACCGAGUGAAACCAGCCACAGUUGAGCGCGUCCCUGCAGUCCUACCUUACAUGAGAGGCGUCACUGACAAGAUUGGCUACAUUCUAAAGCGAGCUUCAAUUAAAACUUACUUCAAGCCGCCAAAGAAAAUUAGUCAGUUUCUACCACCUGUCAAGUGCCACAUCCCUCUACAAGAUGCAGGAGUUUACAAGCUUGAUUGUGAUUGUGGGCUCUCUUACAUCGGACAAACAAAGAGAUCCAUUAGAACCCGGGUCAAAGAACACAUAGCUGAUGUGAAGCACCGUCGCAAUACAACAUCUGCUGUCUGCAAACACAGUCAGGACCGCCCAAGCCAUUAUAUUCGCUUCGAUAGGCCUCAAAUCCUGGCGAAAGAAAACCGAUAUCGCCCUAGAAUGAUUCGAGAAGCCAUAGAAAUUAAAAAACAUCCUAAUUUCAAUAGGGAAGAUGGCUGGGUACUACCAUCGUCAUGGGAUCCUGUUAUUAAUAUAAUAAAAUCUAAUAAUAAAUCUAAACAUAACAGACAGGUAGAUGUAGUAAGUUCUUACUGUGUAGAUCAAAAUGAUAGCAUUUCUGAU